AUUUUGACUGUCAGAGCCACUCCUUCUCAGCAUCCGACGAAGGCACGCAAAGCUCAAUUUAUAAACGGCUUGCACGGCCGGCUCUUGUGUUCCGAGCGGCAAGCCUAAUUUCUGCCUUGUAACCACACGUCAUGAAGCUUUCCACCUCUCUACAACGCUGCGAGCGGCCUGCGCUGACACGGCGCAAGGUCGCCAACAGCUCUCGCCGCGCAUGCGUCGUCGUGAAGGCGGAGCAGAAGGGUGAUUUCUUCAGCGGGAUAAAGGCCGUCGCAAAGAAGGUGCAGGGAUCGCUCCCUAUCGUUGGCCUUGUCUCGCGUCUCGCAGCGCCGGAGGGCGGCUUUGACGAGCUGGCGUACCCGGAGUUCUGCCGGGCAAUGAUUGACAAGUGCCCAGUCAGCUACCGGAUAGCGCAGGCGGAGAUGGAGAAGAAGUAUGGCAAGCCCGCCAACAGCCGCUGGAUCCUGCUGGUGCUGUGGAUGACUAAGAUGGGCGUGGGGCUGGUACCAGCCAAGGACAUCAUCUCGGCCAGCCGCCGCCUGCGCGUCACGCAAGACAUUGAGAUUGAGAUGGACCGCUUCGAGCAGGCCAAGGCGGGCGUGCUCAAGAAGUACAGCAUGGUGUCGCGGCCGGAGGGCAAGCUGGAGGACCAGCUGGGGGUGGCGGUGGACGCGCUGUGCACGCUCUGCAUUGGGCUUAAGGACGGCGAGGCAGUGCCGGAGCCGGCGGUGCCGCUGCUGCGGGACAUUGUGGGCGGGGCGUUCCCGGAGGCGCCCGCGGCGGCAGUGGAGGCGGCGGUGUCGGGACGGGCGAGCCGGGCAGUGACGUACUCGUAAGGAGUGGCUGGUGUGUAAACACGUGUGUGUGGGUGACGGGGGGGGGAGCCUUCUAAUAUCUUGAAAGUGUUUCGUGCGAUUCAUACACGCUUCUGGGCUUGAAGGGCACAGCGGAACAGGAGUGCAAACAUAACGGCGCAGCCUGUGUGUGCGUGUAUUACGAUACCGUAUCAUGCGCAGUCACCGCCUCUCAACUUUUGGGUGCCGUAAUAAGCCGGUAACUGACAGACAGCAGACUGGUGAGUUGCGAAGCCAUGGUUCUAUCAUCUGGAGGAGCAGUGACAAACACCAUGUAAGCGACACGCUCU